AUAAACUGGGAUUUUAUUGUGUUACUCAAGUGUGCCGAUUGUUCUCGGCGUCGUAUUUUAUUGUAUUCGGAUUACACAGUUUCUAAACAACCUCCGUUGUUUGGUCUGGAGAACAACUGGAGAAGCAUUGUGAAACCUAAGUAUAUUAUUGAAUUUCUAAGUAAAAUGAUGGUUCUGGUCUCUGAUAUCCCAAAGGAAAGAGGAUUUGAUUCUGGAUAUUGCUGAAGCAGUGUGAAGCCAAAGAAUAUUACAGAUUGCGCUUAUUACUGAAUUCGAUGUCGAAGCACUUGUUCUAUUGUUUUAUAUUUCAAAAGAAAAGAGAUCGAUUCUGAAUAUAAGAAUAAUUGCUGAAGCAGUCUGCAGCCAAAAACCGCGAUUUUGUUAUUUUUUUCAAUAGUUACUUGUGAUAGUUCCAGAUAGCUAACAGCUUCGAAAUCUCUUAGAUAUUUGUUUUUUUCUUUCUUCUUAUUGGUGCUUUGUGUACUGCGUUUUCUCCUAUUUUGUAGCAGUUUUCCAGAAAUUUUGAUUAAGUGAAUAUUAUCUUUUAACACUAAUAGAUCGAACUUAGACGGUCUCGAUAUAUUCUUUUUGAGAGAAAUAAACAUUAAAGUCUAAGUGCGUUAUUUGCAUUUCUCGGAAAAUGCCAAAUUUUUGGACGUUUUACUCAGAUUGAUUAUUUAACAUUUACUUAAGAAAACAAAAUACAAGUAUCAACGAUAGAUAAUCUACCGACUUGGAUUCAUUUGGAUGAAAAGAGGCCCAUCAAAAGAGUUUAGCGAAUUUUGCAAAGUUUUCAAUUCAUCAUCUAUUUGUGAAUACUGAACGAAGCUGAAUCACUUUCGGAUUGAUAUGACUUUUGGAGAUUCAGCGUUCACAAUAUUGUAGAUGAAAUUAACAACCCCUCAAAUGAGACCCGGUGACUUUAAAAUGGUCAAUAUAUACAACAUUUUCGUCUUUAUUCAGGUCGUUUUAUUUCCGGGAACAUUUCUAAUGGCGUCAGUGAAAGCGUCAUCAUGUAUUCGUCAAGCAGAUAAUUCAUUUUUACAAAAUGGCCGGCGUCUUUCUGGCCACGUUUACACGUCAAUUCACAUCUUAGGCGUUGUUCGGUGUGCAAAGAUAUGUUACGCCGCGACAAAAUGUAAAUCAUUUAAUUACCAGAAAGGGAAGGCACUCUGUGAAUUGAGUGAUGAGGAUACUACUGGUGGAAAUGUUAGUAUUGAGAAUGACUUUAUUUUUGGCAACAGUUUCGAUGUACCGCAGACUGUGUCAGGGGCUUGUACUGGUCAUACGUGUCUACCAGCGGAAACGUGUUUACCGUUGUCAUCUGGUUACAAGUGUCUACCAACAGAAGGUGAAGUAGAAGUAAAUUGCGGACCACCACCUGCAGUUGAUGGUACUUCUGUAGUAUAUGAUUCUACCACCACGUCUGACACUGCCUUGUACAAAUGUACACCACCUUCCCUUAAGUACAGCGGGCUGGAUAUAAUUAACUGUACGAACAGUGCAGUGUGGACCACACAGGGAAUACAAUGCCGCAAUAUAGAAAUAUAUACAUCCCGAAUGACGCAGGCAGACGGUAAAACCACGUGUGAGAGUCAUGGCGGCAAUCUAUUAACUAUUACGUCAUCAGAGGACAUGGCGGUAGUGACUGAUUUCCUCGAGACAAAUAAUGUAAUAGAACAUGUUUGGAUUGGAUUAGAGUAUGAUAUGUCACGUGGAGAUUUUGUGUGGUCGAAUGGUCGUGAUUUUGACAACGAAGAUGUUUGGGGUGAUAAUGACCCGGACGACCCAGUGAAUAAACCCUGUAUUGUGAAAAGAAGGGAUAGCCGAGCACUGGACGAUAAAAGUUGUUCCGAACUGUACUACACAUUAUGUUCAUUAUUUUAAGUUCAUCGGGAUUUUCCAUGUUAUUGGCAUUGGUGCAGGACAAGGGGGGGGGGGGGUGCAUAGCAAAACGUCUAAUACUUCGGAUGGCACGUAAAGUCGAGGUCCGGUGUACACGUUGGCUUGAACUUCAAAGAACCUCCAUGAUAGCACACUCCAUGAUAUACGCCUGUCUUUGUUAGCCCGGAUGACGCAGAGAAGGGCUCUUUUAUGUGCUCACCUACGUGUACGUGGGACCUCGGUUUUUCGUCCCAUCGUUGUAGCUUGUCAGUCCUGCAACACUGAGACGGGGAAAUCACGCCGGAAAAAAACCCCACUAACUUUUCUAAGCCAACGUCUUACUCGUCGAGCCACCGCUGCUCACCACAUCCAUAAAUUAUAGAAUAGAAUCGUGAAUCGACCCAUCGCGGCCCCCCCAAUCAAUUAAUUCGAGAAUCGACCCAUCGCGGCUUACCCAUCCGUUAAUUCUAGAGUCGACCCAUCGCGGCUCCCCAAUCCAUUAAUUCUAGAAUCGGCCCAUCGCCCCCCCCCCCCCCCACGUCCGUUAAUUCUAGAGUAGACUCAUCGCGGCUCCCCCAUCCAUUAAUUCUAGAAUCGCCCCAUCGCCCCCCCCCCCCUUCAUUAAUUCUAGAGUCGACUCAUCGCGGCUCCCCCAUCCAUUAAUUCUAGAAUCGACCCAUCGCGGCUCCCCCAUCCUUUAAUUCUAGAAUCGACCUAUCGUGUCUCCUCCAUCCAUUAAUUCUAGAAUCGACCUAUCGCGUCUCCUCCAUCCAUUAAUUCUAGAAUCGACCUAUCGCAGCUUCCCCAUCCAUUAAUUCUAGAAUAAAAUGGCAUGGGGCUUAAAGUCUCGUGAAUACAAUAAUGCAGUCAUAUUGAAACUAACAUGUGUAAUUUCAUUUCUAUAGUUGUGUGUGCAAUGUAUAGGUGGUGUUCGGGGGAAUUUCAUCGGGGCAGUGGCGUUUCCACCUACUCUGUUUCGAAUUCUAACUGCCAAAGGUUCGCUUACGUAUUUGCCAGUGCUACUACCGAUGGACGUUUUGAUUCUGAACAACCCCAGGGAUUAUUUUGGCUUACUCUAGUCUCCAAAUGACGACAGUAAUGGGUUGGGGAAGUUAGAAAGAUUUAGGCAACCAACUUCCCAUUAAUUUUAUUAAUGUCCUGUCACUAUUCGAAUUCAAUACUUUAUUUUGAUGUACAUCAAAGAGGAUUAGCUCUGUAUACCUGAAUGUUUUCCUCAACAAUCAUAAACUUUGGCACU